AUGGAUCAUCAUGCAACAUUGUCAGAUGAUCAACUUUCAUCAUCUUUCAACACAAUUAUAAAAGAAACAAGAAAAGAUAAGAUGAUAUCAUCGGAUUUGUUUACUCCCAAGAGUGAUUUCUCAGAGAAAUGUCAUAUCAAAUCAAUGGAUCAAUAUAGAGAGAUGUAUCUCGAAAGUAUUAAUAAACCAAAAGAGUUUUGGGAUAGAUAUGCUAAAUCUACUCUAUCUUGGUUCCAACCAUAUGAUAAGGUUAUGUCAGGAAACUUUAUAAAUGGAGAUAUAACAUGGUUUCAAAAUGGUAAAUUGAAUGUAUCAUAUAAUUGCAUAGAUAGACAUUUGGAAAGUAAAAAGGACAAGGUAGCCAUUAUAUACGAAGGAGAUAGUCCAGAUCAUAUCAGAAAGAUCACAUACUAUGAGUUGUUGAUGGAGGUUUCUAGAUUGGCUAACCUCUUGAAAUCGUUGGGUGUCAAAAAGGGAGACACCGUUGCCAUAUAUAUGCCAAACACUCCAGAGGCAAUCUACUCGAUGUUGGCGUGUGCACGUAUCGGUGCCAUCCAUUCGGUCAUUUUUGCCGGUUUUGGAUUCGACUCUAUCGUGUCUCGUGUGCAAGAUGCAGCUUGCAAGGUGAUUAUAACGGCUGACGAAGGUGUCCGUGGCGGCAAGAUCAUCCCACUCAAGAAAAAGAUUGACGAGGUUGCCAUCCACUGCAACACCGUGUCCAACGUCAUUGUCUUUAGAAACACGGGGUACGCCACUCCACCCCACACCCGCACGAUACUGGGAGAUGAUCGAGCGCCACAAAAUCACGCAGUUUUACACUGCGCCAACCGCGAUCCGUUCACUCAUGAAGUAUCCCACCAGCUUUGUCGAAAAGUGCAACAAGCGUUCGCUGCGUGUGCUCGGCACGGUCGGCGAGCCGAUCAACCCCGAGGCGUGGCGCUGGUUCUACAACUCGCUGUGCUAGACCCACACUCGGGCAAGGAACUGACCGGCAACAACGUCGAGGGUGUCUUGGCCAUCGACGGUGGAUGGCCCGGUAUUGCACGUACAGUGUUUGGGUCGCACCAGCGAUACCUGUCAGCAUACAUGAAGCAGUACCCAGGCUACUACUUUACAGGCGACGGCGUCAAACGUGACGAAGAUGGUUACUACUGGAUCCAAGGUCGUGUCGACGACGUCAUCAACGUCGCCGGUCACAGACUUGGCACAGCCGAGCUUGAGAGUGCCCUCGUUGGCCACUCGUCGUGCGCAGAAGCCGCUGUCAUUGGCUACCCCCACGAUAUCAAGGGACAAGGUAUCCUAGCAUUCUGCACACUCAAACAAGGGUACGACGAAAGCGACGAGAUUAUCGCAUCGCUCAAGAUCGAGGUCAGAAAGAUCAUCGGUCCCUUUGCCACACCCGACGUCAUUAUCAUCACUCCAUCUCUUCCCAAGACACGUAGUGGUAAGAUUAUGCGUCGUAUCCUCCGUAAAAUCGCCUGUCAUGAAUCUUCACCAGAACAACUAGGCGAUAUCUCUACUCUUGCCGAGCCAGAAGUUGUCCCUUACCUAAUUGACAAGGUUGGUGCUGCUUUACCAAAACAUCAUUAA